AUGUGGUUGUCGCUGUUGCUGUUACUGUUACUCUUGUUCUUACUCUUUCUAUACAACGCGAGCAACGGUGUUGAAGCAGUUCUCGUAAGACAGUGCUGUCGCAAAGGUGGCGUAACGGAAACGUGUACACAGAUGCUAUGUAAUCCCCACAAUCCACCUAAUGAUUUUGAUGUUUAUAAUAUUUUUGAACGGAAAUUCAACUGUCAGCCGUAUAUGAAUGUUAUCUCAGAAUGUCUUGCUGACGGUCGUGAUCAUAUCCAUUGUUGUAUGAGUGAAGCAAAGGAUCGUGAUGAAAAUGCUUGUUUUGGUAUGUGUCGAGGUGAGGGGAUCGAUGGAAUUGGAACUUGGGAUAAAUAUCAAACUUGUCUAGCCAUUAAUUUGCAUUCUAUGUUUCGUUGCUUCGAACGUGGAUACUUAAGUAUACCGACAUCACCCAUUUCUUUGCGUGUAUUAUCCAAAAGCACAAAUAGCGUGGUGCUAGCUUGGUCACCUCCUGCAGUAAAUUCAGAUCUUGCAGAAUCGUACCAAGUUGUAUGCAAGGAAGCUGAUACUGGUUAUAUUGAAAAGACUGUUAAUACGAGGGGUUACAAAGUAACAUUAGCUGGAUUACGUACUGACAGCAAAUAUUUAGUACAUGUGCUCGCAAUAACUCGUGAUGGGCGUCAUCGAUCUUUACCUUCUGAGACAGUUCAUUUCUAUACGGCUGGAGUUGCACCACGAGUUCUAGCAUAUCGUGACACUGUCGCUACUCCGAGUAACGCGUUUUCAGUGACAAUUGCUUGUCGAAUGGAAGUCUCCGGCACUGUUCACAAAAGUGCACACUUUGAGUGGAAAAAAUUUCUUGAGAAAGCGGGACUUUAUGAAGGGAUUGCAGGGGAAAAAUAUAGCUUUACAAAUUAUAUCUCAUCCCAUGAGCAUCCGCGCCAUUAUGUUUCCACUUUGCAGAUAAAAUCUUUAAAGUUCUCUGAUUUUGGCACCUAUCGGUGCAUCGCAACCAAUGAUUUUGGUAGUUCUAGUGCUGAUAUUCGCGUGGUGCAGCGCAAAUUAACUUCAGCAACAUCAGUACCUCCUGAAUUGCCAUAUACGUGUUGUCAACGUUUAGGUAUACGCUCACCUUGUGUUGCCGUUUGUGGGUCAGAAUUUGGUAAGCGUGCAGCACUACGUGCCGAAUCAUUCAUCAAUAGCCGUUGUGAGGAUGAAAUUAGUAAAUUUUUAACAUGCACAACAGCUGGUAUUGAUGAGGGUGCUUGCUGCUUGCGGAAAAAAGUACCUGGUAUUUGUUUACCUCUUUGCGAUGAAUUCCAAAUGAAUAAACUGGAAACAAUUCCUCAUGUAUGUGCUGUAUAUACCUUCUCCAUUUUUCAAUGUCGCAUGGAAAAUGCUGAUAACCGUCCAGCUACUGUAUCCGGUCUGAAAGUUCUUCCCAGUUCGGAAGGUGACUUAUUACUGCAUUGGGAUAUAACUCCACGUGCAGACAUGUAUCACAUUUACUGGAAGCAUAAACUUUCAGCGACUUGGGAACUGAAUUCUGUAGCAACAACCAGUACCCGUAUUUACGGUAAUGCUGCUAAUGACAUCAGCGAGAUAAUCGUGGUAGCAUCAAAUAGUUUUGGCAAUGCUCAUCCAGCACGAUUAGUUCACAGUGAUAAAAAAAAAUGGACUUCUUCUUAUCGUUUUUAA